GGGGACACAGCCUCAAGCUGUGCCAGGGCAGGUUGAGGCUGGAUGUUAGGACAGCAACGUGGGGCCACCCAACAACGGAGCCCGGAAGCUGCCAGGCGGAGAUCCCAGCGCCGCUCUCGGCACUGUCGCGAUAACUGCGAUCCCCGCCCUGCUCUCACUGCCGUUUCCUUGGGGGGCUCCUGGUGAAGUACUGGCACCAGCGGCACCAGCUGCGGCCGCAGUAGCAUUAACACCGCAAUCACAAACACCCUCAGACACCUCUGAGAGCAGGAACACCUCUAGCUGCCGCAGCGCCCUGUUGCGAGGCAAAGCUCCAAAACUGGCUGUGUGAGGUUCGUUUGGUAGGAGCGGAGACGGCUCAGAGGUGAGCGAGCAAGGCGAGGAUCUGCGCUCCCGCAGCAGAGUCGUCGGCAGGGGCGGGAUCUCCACCGUGCAGCUUCCGGGCUCCAUUGCUGGGCGGCCCCAGGCUCCUGCCCGCCCCGUCCGACCGUGGGCGCUCGGGGCUGGCAGUGGGCUGAGACUCUCGCUAUGGACAGCCAAAAGGAGCUGGGCCACAGCCGAUACGAGAUCGAGGACCAGGAAAAGGAGGAGGAGGAGAAGGCAGAGAAGGAAGAGAAGCAGGAGGAAGAGGCGGAGGAAGAGAAAGGGCAGCAGGAGGAAGGUGAAGGUAAAGCUGCCGCGGAGCCCUCUGCGGCAGCCGAGCAGUGCCCCGAGUGCGGGCAGAGCCUCCCGCCCGGCUGGCAGCCGGGGAAGCAGCAGUGCCCCCAGCCUGGCACCCAGCGCUUCAUCUGCAGCCACUGCGGCCAGAGCCGCUCCGGCCUCCUCGGGCGACAGCGGGGGGGCACCCAGCCGGGCCCUAAGCUGCGGUUGGUCUGCGAUGAGUGUGGCAAGAGCUUUGCCAACAGCUAUACACUCAGCCGGCACCUUCGCCUGCACAGUGGGGAGAAGCCGUACAGCUGCGGUGUCUGCGGCAAGAGCUUUGCCAGAAGCUAUACUCUCAGCCAACACCAUCGCCUCCACACCGGGGAGAAGCCAUACAGCUGUGGUGUCUGCGGCAAGAGCUUUGCCAGCAGCUCUGUUCUCAGCCGGCACCGGCAAAUGCAUGCUGAGAAGAAGCAGUUCCCCUGCCGUGAGUGUGGUAAGAGCUUUGUCACCAGCACUGCUCUAAUCAAGCACUGGCAUGUCCACACCGGGCAGAAGACAUACAACUGCGGUGUCUGUGGCAAGAGCUUUGCCAACAACUAUACUCUCAGCCGACACCAUCGCCUCCACACUGGAGAGAAGCCGUACAGCUGUGGUGUCUGUGGCAAAAGCUUUGCCAGAAGCUAUACUCUCAGCCAGCACAAUCACCUCCACACUGGGGAGAAGCCAUACAGCUGUGGUGUUUGUGGCAAGAGCUUUGCCAACAGCUAUACUCUCAGCCAGCACCAUCGCCUCCACACUGGGGAGAAGCCCUACAGCUGUGGUGUCUGUGGCAAGAGCUUUGCCAGCAGCUCUGUUCUCAGCCGGCACCGGCAAAUGCAUGCUGAGAUGAAGCAGUUCCCCUGCCGUGAGUGUGGUAAGAGCUUCACCACCAGCACUGCUCUAAUUGAGCACUGGCAUGUCCACACCGGGGAGAAGCCGUAUGGCUGCGGUGUCUGUGGCAAGAGCUUUGCCCACUGGUCUACUCUCAGCUGCCACCGAGCCAUCCACACUGGCCAGAAGCCAUACAGCUGUGGUGACUGCGGCAAGAGAUUCGGCAGCACUUACCAUCUGAACAGGCACCGUGCCAUCCACACCGGGCAGAAGCUCUACAGCUGUGGUGACUGCGGCAGGAGCUUUACCACCAGAUCUUACCUCAGAAUUCACCAUCACAUCCACACUGGGGAGAAGCCCUACAGCUGUGGUGAUUGCGGCAAGAGCUUUGUCACCAGCUCUAAGCUCAGCUGUCACCGUCGCAUCCACACCGGGGAGACACCGUUCAGCUGUGGUGACUGCGGCAAGAGCUUUGUCACCAGCUCUAAGCUCAGCUAUCACCGCCGUCGCAUCCACCCUGGGGAGAAGCUGUUCAGCUGCGGUGAUUGUGGCAAGAGCUUCACCAGCAAUUCCCAUCUGAAGAGACACUGCGCCGUCCACUCUGGGGUGAAGAUGUACAUCUGUGGUGACUGCGGCAAGAGCUAUGCCACCAGCUCUGGUUUCAGCCAGCACUGCCAAACCCAUGCUGAGACCAAGCAGUUCCCCUGUGCUGACUGCGGCAAGAGCUUCACCAAUAGCACUGCUCUAAUCCAGCACUGGAAUGUCCACACCGGGGAGAAACCAUACAGCUGUGGUGUUUGUGGCAAGAGCUUUACCAACAGCUCUGCUCUGGCCUAUCAUCGUCGCAGCCACACUGGGGUGAAGCCAUACAGAUGCGAUGACUGUGGCAAGAGCUUUUUCCAGAGCUCAAUUCUCAGCUAUCACCGUCGCAUCCACACUGGGGAGAAGCCCUACAGCUGCAGUGACUGUGGCAAGAGCUUUACCAGCAGCUCUGCUCUGAGAUGUCACCAUCGCAUCCACACUGGGAAGAAGCCCUACAGCUGCAGUGACUGUGGCAAGAGCUUCACCAACAGCUCUACUCUUAGAAUUCAUCAUCGCAUCCACACCGGGGAAAAGCCCUACAGCUGCGGUGACUGUGGCAAGAGCUUUACCAGGAGUGCUGAUCUGAGGUAUCACCGUCGCAUCCACACUGGGGAGAAGCCCUACAGCUGUGGUGACUGUGGCAAGAGCUUCACCAGCAGCUCAGCUCUCAAAUAUCACCGUCGCAUCCACACCGGGGAGAAGCCCUACAGCUGCGGUGACUGUGGCCAGAGCUUUACCACCAGAUACAUUCUGAGCUAUCACCGUUUCAUCCACACUGGGGAGAAGCCCUACAGCUGUGGUGACUGUGGCAAGAGCUUCACCAGCAGCUCUAAUCUGAGACAUCACCGUCGCAUCCACACUGGGGAGAAGCCCUACAGCUGUGGUGACUGCGCCAAGAGCUUCACCAGCAGCUCUGAUCUCAGCCGUCACCAUCGCAUCCACACCGGGGAGAAGCCCUACAGCUGCGGUGACUGUGGCAGGAGCUUUACCAGCAGCUCUGCUCUCAGCUAUCACCGUCGCAACCACACCGGGGAGAAGUAGUACAGAUGAGGUGACUCUGGCAAGACCUUCUGGCAGAACACUGAUCUGACCAAGCAGUGCAUCAGCAGCCACCAGAGGAUGAAGAGCAGCAGCAAAGCUUCCAAGGGUCCUCACUCUCAGUGCCCCCAGCAUGUGCCCAGCAGCCAUGGGCCCCUCCUCACAACAGUGUUGCCAGAGUCUCCUGCCUGUGAAGCUCUUCCACCCCUGACUCCAGAUUGGUUUGUGGUGAGCGUGGCAACAGCAUUGCCAACAGGUCUGGUCUCAACCAGCACUCAUGGUGAGAAGAAGCAGUACCACUGUGGCAAGAGCUUCACCAACAGCACCACUAUAAUCCAGCACUGGAAGGUCCACACCGGGGAGAAGCUGUAUGGCUGCAGUACAGGUUUUGCCGUCCUGGGAUGCGGUGAGGCUGCACCAGUAGCACCAGUUCCUGCUGUGCCAUCCCCAGGCACGCCCUGAAAUUUGUCUGGUUCGGGGGAUGGGAAGCAGAGGGCAGGGCAGUGUCACAACCAGGCUGGCACCUCUAAGCCGUAUGAGGUCCCAAGGUCAUCUCCAUAAGCCCUGCUAGAUCAUGUCACCAUCAUCACCAAUCCACCCCAUCACCAGGACUGGCAAAAAGCAACUGCUCCAUGUGGCUGCAAGUCAGAGGUUCCAUGGAAAUUGUGCCUGCAGCAGGGAACAAUCCCAAUAAAAGAUUUUCCAAGGCU